AUGCUCAAUCGCUUGUUAGGACGAUGGACCGCCGAUUUGGCGAUCGACCUGGGUACGGCCAACACCUUAAUCGGCGUGGCCGGCGAGGGGCUCGUGCUCAACGAACCUUCGGUCGUAGCCGUUGAACGCGAAGGUGGGCGAAUUCUCUCCGGCGGCUGCGCCGUGGGUCACCUGGCCAAACAAAUGUUGGGCCGCACGCCCGAGUCGAUCUCCGUGGUCCGCCCCUUGUCCGACGGCGUGAUCACCGACUUCCAACUUUGCGAAGCCAUGCUCCGCUACUUCCUGCAGAAGUCGCAACGGCAAGGUUGGGCCAUCAAGCCGCGCGUGGUGAUCAGCGUUCCCGGUGCGAUCACCCCCGUCGAGAAACGGGCCGUAUUUAACAGCGCCCAUCGCGCCGGUGCUCGCGAAGUGUUUCUGCUUUCCGAAUCUAAAGCCGCGGCGAUUGGAGUCGGGCUGCCUGUGGCCGAGCCGGUGGCCAGCAUGGUCUGCGAUAUCGGCGGUGGUACCACCGAAGUGGCCGUUAUGAGCCUUGGCGAUACGGUGGCCGCAUCCAGCGUUCGUGUGGCCGGCGACAAGAUGGAUCAGGCUGUAGUCGAUUAUCUCCGCCGCAACUACAGUCUGCGGAUCGGGCUUCCUGCCGCCGAGCGAUUACGAAUCGACAUUGGUAGCGCCUACCCCAUGGCCGAUGAGCUGGUCGACGAAGUCUCCGGGGUCGACGUCGUCAGCGGGCUUCCCCGCAAGGCGACCGUGACCAGCGAAGAGAUUCGUGAAGCCCUGGGCGACCCGCUGGAAGACAUCGUCGAGGCGAUCCGUUCCACGCUGGAUCGCUGUCCGCCCGACCUUGCCGCCGACCUGGUCGACAACGGAAUGGUUCUGGCCGGCGGAGGUUCGCUAACCCGAGGGCUGGACGACUUCCUUAGCCAACGCACCGGCAUUCCCGCCCGCGUGGCGACCGAUGCCUUGUCGGCCGUGGCUAAAGGCCCCGGCCGAAUGGUGGGCGUUCUGGUGCUAGCCGUCGUGUUGGCUUGCCUUCCCAGCGAAAUCGUCUCGCAACUCCGCGGUGCCUGGCAAACCGCGUUACGCCCUUCGCUACAACUCACCGUCGCCCUGCAGGAAAACACGACCGACUUUCGCAAUCGCUGGCGAGGCACUGAUGCGCUAGGCGAGCAACUCGACAAUGCCCAGCAACAGCAGGCCGCCUUGGAAGCGGAGAACCUUCGCUUGGUGAAUCAAAUGCACGACCUGCAACAACGCCUCGCGUUGGCCGAAGACGGGGCCUCGGAGCAUGCAGCUCUGCAACCACUCGUCGUGCCACGCCUGGUCGAAGCACGCGUCAUCGGUCAACAAGGUCGAGCCCUGCUGAAGCAACUCUCGAUCGUCGAUGCAGGUCGGGCACAGCAGAUUCUGCCCGAGUCGUUUGUCCUCGACGGAUCGGUCGACGUGCUGGAUCUGGGGGAAGAUGCUCGCCUGCAGAAUGGACAACUCGUGCUCGAUGGCUAUCGCGUGUGGGGCAAAGUCGUCGAGGUCGGUCCCCGGGUUAGUCGUACGAUGCCGGUGGAUGCGGAGGACUAUCGCGAUAUCGUCCGCAUUGUCGAUCGCGAGGAUCCCGACCGCGAACACGGUCGCGGGAUGCUCGAAGGUGCAGGCGACGGAACCUGCCGCAUCCGGCUGGUCGAUAUCACUCAACCCGUGGCCGUGGGCGAUCGAGUCUACAGCGCCGCCCUGGAUGACACGCUUGGCCCCAAGCUUCUCUACGGCGAAGUCGAAAGCGUGCAGCGCGAACCCGGCGCCCCUCAUUGGGACAUUCGCGUGCGACCAACCCAGGCCGGGUUCGACUCGCUAUUGCGCGUGGGCAACGUCGUGCCCGACUGGUUCGCUUUGGUCGCGUUACUCACCGUGCUCACCAUCCGCAAACCCCGUCCGCUGGCGAUCGGGAUGCUCGUCGGACUGGCCGCCGACUUCAGCGCCGCCGGACCCCUGGGCAUUUCCACCGCGCUGCUCAGCAUCACCACGCUCAGCGUCACCCAGCUUCGCCGCAAACUCCACAUCGAACACCCAGCCCUGCAAGUGCCCCUCAUCGCCGCCGCGACCACGGUUUACACGCUGGGUGUGAUGCUCCUCGCAAGCUUUCAGUCAGUUCUCGCCAACGGAGUCGUCUCGAUCUUCCUCGAAGCCACCGGGGUCGGAAUCUACACCGCCGCGUUUGCGCUACCUGUGCUGAUGAUCAUCGCCUGGUCCCGCGAACCGCGUCCACUUCACUCGCUCCCCCUGGCUCGGCCGUAG